AUGUCUUUCCGCGACCUUCGCAAUUUCACGGAGAUGAUGAGAGCCUUGGGGUACCCCCGGCACAUUUCUAUGGAGAAUUUCCGCACGCCCAAUUUCGAACUUGUGUCUGAAGUGCUUCUCUGGCUUGUGAAAAGGUACGAACCGCAGACAGACAUCCCUUCUGAUGUUGAGACCGAACAAGACCGGGUUUUCUUCAUUAAGGCGAUUGCCCAGUUCAUGGCCACCAAAGCCCAUAUAAAACUCAAUACUAAGAAGCUUUAUCAAGCAGAUGGGUACGCGGUUAAAGAGCUCCUGAAGAUCACAUCUGUCCUUUACAGCGCGAUGAAGGCCAAAGGGACAGAGAGCUUGGAAGGAGGAGAGGGAGACGUCAGCAAGUGCAAGUUUGAUCUCGGCUCGAAGAUUGCGGAUCUGAAAGCAGCCAGGCAGCUUGCUUCUGAGAUCACCGCCAAGGGCGCGUCUCUGUACGACCUGCUGGGCAAGGAGGUGGAGCUGAGGGAACUGAGGACAGAAGCGAUUGCCAGACCUCUGGAAAUAAACGAGACGGAAAAGGUGAUGCGGAUCGCAAUCAAAGAUGUCCUGGCCCAGGUACAGAGGACCAAAGACCUGCUCAAUAACGUGGCCUCGGAUGAGGCGAAUUUAGAAGCCAAAAUUGAAAAGAGAAAACUGGAACUUGAAAGAAAUCAAAAGCGACUUCAGACCCUGCAGAGUGUCAGGCCAGCCUUUAUGGACGAGUACGAGAAGAUUGAGGAGGAGCUGCAGAAGCAGUAUGACGUGUACCUGGAGAAGUUCCGCAACCUGGCUCACCUGGAGCAGCAACUCGAGGACCACCAGCGGCUGGAGCAGGAGCGCUUUGAGGAGGCUGAGAACACCCUGCGUCUGAUGCAGAGCAAGCUGAAGGAAGAGGAGAAACGGCUGCUCAAGAGUGGAAGUAAUGACGACUCAGAUGUCGAGAUCCCGGAGGAUGACGAGUCCGACAGCGAGUUGGAGGAGAGACGGCUGUCCAAGCCACGCACGGCCAUGGAGGUGCUCAUGCAAGGGAGACCCAGCAAGCGCAUCGUGGGCACAAUGCAGGGCGGAGAGUCCGAUGAUGACGAGGACUCAGGAGACAGUGAGAUGGACAUGGAGGAGGACGAGGACGAGGACGACCUGGACGACGAGAGCCUCGCGCUUUCGCCUGUGAAGCCCAGCCGGAGGGUGUGGAAGCCCGAGCCCCUGGAUGACAGUGACAAUGACUUCUGA